GCACAUUCUCUUUUUCCUGCGUUCUGGAACCUACCAAUGAGGAAGCGGCGUGCGUUUCGCGCCUCACUAUGGUGUGGGACGCACUGAAUGCUGGGAUAUGUUAGCUUUUUGAAAAAAGAAAAGCCGCGAUGUUACUGUAUAUGGCGCUGCUGGUACCGGACUGUAGGCAAUAUUUGCAAGAGCUUCCAUGGCCCUAAAAGGUUGAGCAUAUUUAAAUCAUGUCUUCUGUUGAGAUCAAGUGAGCUUUCACUUUGAAUUGCUAGCCAUGCAAUCACCUUCUAAUGGGGUUUCAACCCCAAAGGACUUCUCAUCUGCAAGAAGAAGCAUCCAGUUUCAAAAUACUGGCUUCCCUCAUAUAGGCUUAGCCUCAGCACGAAGGCAUACACCCUUCCAUCAUGCACCAUCAAAGAGAAGGAUCCACCAGACCAGUCCUUUAUCAGAAUCUGUUGAUCCUGCAAAGGUCGCUCUCCUUCUUAGCAAGCAAUGGACCCUAUAUAGUGUGACCCCAAUGCACAAAUUCUCAUACACAAACUUAAAGGAGUAUGCCAGGCUUCUGUCUGCCCACAUCUGUGCUGAGAAGCAAAAGGGACUAGCAGUUGAGGUUGGCACAGAGUUGAACGUGAAAGCAACUUUCUCCCCCCUACCUGGGCUUAAGGGAAGAGAGCAAGAUCCAGGAUCUAUUCUUGUUCAGGUUUUGGCGAAAGCUCCGCUUUCUGCAGCAGGUGCACAAGACCGCAUUGUCUGGUCAGGCUGUUUUUGCUGUACUUUUGCAGACGAAGAUACUUUAGACAUGUUAACGUCAGAGACUCUUCUAUGUCUUCCUUUAUUCCUUGUAAAUGGAGCAGAGACUCUUACAGCAAUGGUGGGGACUUGGUUUCAAAAAGCUUUUGACUGUUCUUUCAGUAGUUUGCCAAUCAGCUCUCGGGAUCUUGCUUGGAUGGCAGCGAUGUGGACCGGCUAUGAAGCACAUGAACAUAUCACAGCCACUGAGUUUAUCUUUUCCGUGCCAGUCGAACCACAUAUGGACAUAUCAUAUGCCAUUCAUCCAGAAGAUAUUAAGGCCCUUUGGAGUAAUAUACAUAAAGGACAAGAUGAGGUCUUGGCAGAAGAAGUCGAUCUUUUUUUUCAGUGCCUCUAUACUCAUUUUUUCCGGCAUUUUAAGAUCCACUUAUCAGCAACUCAUCUUGUAAAGGUCUCCACCUCUGUGGCAUCAGCACACUGUGAUGGUAAAGUAAAGAUUCUGAGCAAAGAAUAUUUACUUCAAGUGCUGGGAUAUCUCACAGAGCUGGCAAUAAAUAAUAUACAGUAUUAGCUGUGGAACACCAGGAUUGCCAAGAAUAUUAUACUAUACACUCAUUCAGAUAUUGCAUGUGCACUCGGAUACUUUUAGCUGAUAUUCUCCAUGCACCAUAAAUCGGAAUCGCUUAUCUAAGGACAGCUUUCCUGUUUUUUAUCGGCAAGAGAGUGUCAUUCUAAUCUAACGGAAACCAUUCUUGAUCUUAAAACUCUGUCUAGGAAAAGACUGCAAGCACUUUGUUCCAAGGCACAUUUGAUUGGCCUUUUUUAUUCUUGUAUUGUUUUAUCAACUGACUAAUUAUUUACUCGUUCCAAAAAUGUUUCUCUACAAUAAAUUUUCAACCAAA